GCUUUAGAUGCCAUCAUGUCUGUCAGUGUGCAUGAAAAUAGGAAAUCCCGGACCAGUACUGGGUCUAUGAAUAUUUCCUUAUAUCACAAGCUUGCUCAUCCAGACUGCGUCCUAAGCCAUCUUAAUGUCAUGCGGAAACAGCAGCUUUUCACUGAUGUCACCCUGUGGGCAGGAGACCGCUCUUUUCCAUGUCAUCGUGUAGUGUUGGCAGCCUGCAGCCAGUACUUUGAGGCCAUGUUUAGUAAUGGAUUGAGGGAAACCCUUGAUAACACUGUGAAUUUCCAUGACAGUAUUCAUCCCGAAGUAUUGGAACUUUUGCUUGACUUUGCCUAUUCAUCUAAAAUCAUAAUUAAUGAAGAAAAUGCAGAGUCCCUGCUGGAGGCAGGAGACAUGCUUCAGUUUCAUGAUGUACGAGAUGCAGCAGCCGAGUUCUUGGAAAAAAAUCUGUAUCCCUCAAAUUGCUUGGGAAUGCUGAUGCUAUCUGAUGCCCAUCAAUGCCGACGACUGUAUGAACUGUCUUUGCUAAUGUGUUUGGUGAAUUUUGAAACUGUGCACAGAACAGAAGACUUUAAUAACCUGUCAAAAGACAUUUUGCUUGACUUGGUAUCUAGUGAUGAACUUGAAAUUGAAGAUGAGCAGGUGGUUUUUAAUGCUAUACUACAGUGGGUUAAGUACGACUUGAACAAGAGAAAAGACGGUUUUCCUGAAUUGCUAAAAAACAUUAGGCUGGCUUUGCUUACCUCAGAUUCUCUGAAGGAGGCCAUUGCUUGUGAGAAUUUAGUAAUGGCUGAUGAGAGAAGUAAAUUGAUUAUGGAGGAAGCUGUUCAUUGCAAGAGAAAGAUACUGCAGAAUGAUGGCAUAGUGACUAGCCUGUGUGCUAAACCUAGGAAAGCAGGACACACCCUGCUGAUUCUGGGUGGACAGACCUUUAUGUGUGAUAAAAUUUAUCAGGUUGACCACAAAGCUAAAGAAAUUAUUCCAAAAGCUGACCUGCCAAGUCCGAGAAAAGAAUUUAGUGCUUGUUCCAUUGGUUGUAAGGUCUACAUCACUGGUGGGAGGGGCUCUGAAAAUGGAGUGUCUAAAGACGUUUGGGUGUAUGACACAGUUCAUGAAGAAUGGGCAAAGGCAGCGCCAAUGCUUAUAGCAAGGUUUGGACAUGGCUCCGCAGAGUUGCAAAAUUGUCUCUAUGUUGUUGGAGGACAUACAGCAGUUGCUGGCAUUUUCCCAGCAUCACCUUCAGUUUCUUUGAAGCAAGUGGAGAGAUAUGACCCCCUGUCAAAUAAAUGGACAAUGGUGGCACCACUGAGAGAUGGUGUUAGCAAUGCAGCUGUGGUCAGCGCCAAGGUAAAACUGUUUGUCUUUGGAGGCACAAGUAUACAUAGAGACCGUGUCUCCAAAGUGCAAUGCUAUGAUCCUUUUGAGAACCGUUGGAAUAUAAAAGCAGAAUGUCCACAACCAUGGCGGUAUACUGCUGCUGCUGUAUUGGGUAGCCAGAUUUUCAUUAUGGGAGGGGACACAGAAUUCACAGCGGCCUCUGCCUAUCGCUUUGAUUGUGAAACAAACCAGUGGACUAGAAUUGGAGAUAUGACCUCCAAAAGGAUGUCUUGUCAUGCUCUAGCAUCAGGAAAUAAGCUUUAUGUGGUUGGUGGAUACUUUGGGACUCAAAGAUGUAAAACCCUAGACUGUUAUGAUCCAAUCUCGGACUCUUGGAAUAGUAUCACCACUGUGCCUUACUCUCUUAUACCUACUGCCUUUGUGAGCACCUGGAAGCAUUUGCCAGCAUGAGUGGGUUGACUAAAUGAAGGAUAACCUAUUAUGUCUUGAAGAGAUGUGUCCAUGGCUCUGAAUGCUGCAUUCAACGUCUCCAUUUCAAGAUACAGAGCGCCAUUGUCAUGACUAUGAAAAAGCCUGCUGGGGUUUGAGACAAUCUUAUGUUUCUGCAACUUGAGCGGCAAAAUAAGAGCUCACAGGACUAGCAGAUGUGUUCUGUGUGUAUGUUGAACAGCUUUGUGUAGUUCUCCAUAGUACUGAUGAGUAGAGGUUGCUGCUGUGUGGAUGUGUUAC